AUGGCUGGUAAAAUAUCUGGUGUACAAUCAAAGUGCAAAGAACAGAAUUCGAAAAUACUUUAUGUGCAUUGUUUUACGCAUUGUUUGAAUCUUGUAUUGGUUGACUCUUGUAUUUCACGAAUGGAAAAUUCGAUCAUUUUCGACUUCUUUGGCGUUAUUCAAAUGGUUUACAAUUUUAUUGAGGGAAGUCCAACACGUCAUGCAAUAUUUGAACAAAUUAAAAAUACUAUGAAUUUAAAAUUAAAAUCAUUAAAAUCUUUAUCUACAACCAGAUGGGCAUGUAGAGCAGAGGCAGUAUCUGCAAUUCGUGAAAACUUUUCAGCUAUAAUAAAAACAAUAAUUGAAGUAAAUAAAAUAACGAAAUUGCCUGAAGUCAAAGUUAAAGGAAAAGGAAUUAUUAUGCAUUGUCAGAGUUUUAAUUUUAUUAUUUCCUUAGAAUUAAUGCAUCCCAUACUACAAAUGAUUCUAAAAGUAAGUCAAACACUUCAAAAUCCUUCAAUUAAUUUAUUGGUUGCAAUAAAUGAAGUUAAGAAUCUUCGUUCAGCUUUACAACAAUUACGUUGUAAUAAUGAUUUCUAUGAUGAAGCAUAUACAACAGUUUUAAAAAUUUGCAAAGAAUAUGAUAUUGAUGAACCAGCGAUUAAGUUAAGGAAAAAAUCAAAACGUUUUGAUGACAACAUAGAUAAUGAACAUAUUUUCAAUACAAAAAAAGAAGAAAUUCGUGUUACUGUAUUGAUUCCCAUGUUAGAUUCUCUUAUAUAUGGUAUUGAUCAACGUUUUAAUCAAGAUACAAUAUCUUUAAUUACAGCAGUCGGGAAAAUGUUAAAACUUGACUCAAAUAAAGAUGAUAUUAAAUUGUUAUCGUCAUAUUUUAAUAUUUCUGAAGAGGAAUUAAUUUCUGAGAUCCGUCUACUUUUGUCUCGUGACUUAGAUUGUGUAACACAACUUGUUAAACAAGAUUGUAUGACGUGGCUAGAUUGGUUCCGAAAAAAUGAAAUUGAAGGUAUAUAUAAUAAUUUUAUAAAAAUUAUUAGAGAUUUUUGUGUGAUUCCAGUAACCAGUGCUUCUUGUGAAAGAGCAUUUUCUAAACUCACUCAUGUAAAAAGUAAACUUCGAUCCACCAUGAAACAAGACCGUUUAGAUGACCUUAUGCUACCAUACAUGGAACAGUCUUUGGCUAAUAAUGUUGAUGUUGAGAAUGUCAUUGAAGAAUUUAAAAAAUUGGUACCAUUUAAUCGUCGUCUAUUAUUAUAA